AUGCAAGCCAACCCCGAUUUUGACAUCAUCGUUACCGGACGAGCAUACGACCCAGCAACUUAUGUAGCAUUCUGCGCCAUGAACCAGGCCAAGGCCACGUCUUUACCGCUCGACUCACUCAGCAACAAAUUACUGGGCAAUUUCUACCAUAUGGGGAAAAUUAUGGAAUGUGGCGGUCUCUGUGCAACACCCAAAUCACCUGGUGCUAUGGCCUUGGUGUACGAGGAGGGGGUGUUUGAUAUAUCUCCCAUGGACCCUAUGGCUCGAUGCACCCCACUUAGUGUCGCUGCUCAUACUCUUUAUGAGAAAUCGCGCCCUGACCUGUUAUAUGGGCCCGGCGGAUGCCUCGACGUAGGUCAGACAACCUAUGAACAAUUGCCGGAUGGGAAAACUGUACGAGUUCGAGGAGCAGAAUUCAUUCUGUCCACAUCUGAGAGCAAGCCCUAUACCGUCAAACUCGAGGGUGCCCGAGUCAUUGGCUCUCGAACAAUCUUCCUAGGUUCUUUUGUGGACCCCAUCCUGACGAAUCGAAUAUAUGACUACCUCGACACUGUCAAAAACCGUUGCGCAGCGCAGCAUUCAGACAUGGAUGGUAUGUGGAAGCUUGACUUUCAUGUUCACGGUGCUCCACCGAGGCUACCCAAGGCUGCCGGCAAUGGUUCGAACCAUUGCGAUAGAAAUGACAUCACCGGGGAAGGCUUCAUCGUGGGCGAGGUUCUGGCAGACUCUCCAACCCUGUCCAAGACCAUCGCAUCGACGGCAAGGAUAUUUUGCUCACACGGUGCGUACAGAGGGCAAAUGGCUACGUCUGGUAACUUUGCCUUCGGCAUUGGCGGCAUGACAGAGUUGGAUGUUGGACCCUGUUGCCAGUUCUCGAUCUAUCAUCUAAUGAACCUUGCAAAAGGAGAAGAAUAUGGAUCCUUGAUAACCACCGACAGGCAGAAAGUGGUGCCUAAAUGCCACACAACAGAAGGAUUAUUCCCGUGGCUGGUCACGACGCUCGACCCACCUGCAAUAAAAGACCCAGACUCCAACGAAACCACUUCCGGUCCGCUAAUGGACAUUCGCAGCAAGGGCGUAGGAAUGCCUGUGCUCGGGAAAACGCUUUCGGAGACCAGCGUAAAAAGGGCUCCUGCUCGACUCCAAGAACUUAAGGACGUUGCAAAGUUUAUCCGCUCCAAAAAUGCAGGGCCCUUCCAGGUUACGUUUGACAUCAUGUUCGACGACACACGUGUCUACAAGGCCGUGAAAAAGAUCCGGAUUGCUUACCCAAGAGACGAUGGUGCGACUCUUCCAGCGUCCAGUCAGUGA